GUGACGUCACAAAGACCCAGCCAUGGCCCUGGCCUUGGCCCUUCUGCUGCUCCUGGGCCGGGGCGCGCCCGGCGGCCGGGGCUGCCUGCAGUGCGUCGACUCGGUGAACCAGGCCCUGGACAAACUGCGCGCGGCCAUCAUCCCCGGCCGCUUCCACCGCGAGCAGCUGCAGGCCCGCGCCCAGGCCCUGCUGCGGGGCAUGCAGGGGCCCUUCUUCCGGGACUACGCGCUGAACGUGUUCGCGGGGAAAGCGGAGGCAGAUCAGCUGGACCUGGUGGCGUCCUUUGUCAGGAACCAGACGCAGCGCUUGCUGGUUUAUUCUAUGAAAGAUGAGCUUCUGCUGGAAGAGCUGGUGACUCUUAGGGCAAAAGCGAUCAAGGAACUCAAGACAGUUUUAAGAUCAUAUGAAUUAAAAGCCUGCGAUCCCCAACUUUGCUACCAACUGAACGAAGAGGUCUUGGACUGUUUACAAUGCCAGAUAAUCAAAUCCAAAUGUAUCCCAAAAAAGUACUGCUUUGGAUGGUUAACAGCAGCCCUAGCCUCAUCCACAAGACGCCAUGAUCAAACAGACCCCUCAACAAUCAAAAAUGUCUCCGGACACUUCCAAAUGUCCCCUUGGGGAUAACAAUUGUCCCUGGUUGAGAACCACUGGGUUAGAAGUUGACCGGCAGCCCCGCGUGGCCCUGCGGUACAACAAGAGCAAAGAGUGGAACCUGGCUCUGUUGGGCAGCCUUAUUUCCGUGUUUC